AUGGGAAAAGCUGCAAUGGACCGCCCUCCGCCUUCCCGUCAGGCGAACGGGCGCUCUCCGUUGACUCGGACGGCCGGCGCUCCCGACACUCCGCGCGACGCAGCCUGCGCUGUACAGAGGAGAACAGCCCGCGCGCCGUCCGAGUCCUGUCGGAGCCUCGCGAGUUCCCAGGCCUUUGUUGAAGUUAUCGAAGUGUCUAGCCACGAUGAAGAGAGCGCUUCGUUCACUGUCGACACAGAUCUUCGCGGCUCGGCGCAAACGGACCAGUCCGACCAGCCCUUUUCCAACCGCCAGAAACGAACGCGUGCGACGAGCCUCCGCCAGGCGAGAGGAGCCACGUUGCGUACAUCUUACGAGAGGGACGAGAACGACCGAGAGUGCCGAGGCAGCUCGCCUGUCCCUCUACCGAAAGGAAGUGCCCAGCCAUCUACGGCUGUCACGUCAGAUGCGGAGGACUGUCGAGAGGUGCGGACUCCACCUCAGUUCAUUCCUCCAGAUGGGCAUCGGCGGGACGCCACCACGAGCGAGGUCUGCUCCGGGAUGAGCAGCGAACUGUCUCUCGUUUCCCCCUCCAGAGGGAGAAUGCGCCCAGGUUCUCUGGACGGGGGUUGUCCCUCCACGUGUCUGGCGACGGAACAGGGCGUGGCUUCAGCACAAACUCCGUUCGCCGUCGACAGCGAAUGCCCAGGCGCGGGGGUGUCCUCGGAGCUCGCAAGCAAGACGCGCGAUGUGCCAAAGCUCUCCGAAUCUCGCGCAGUGAGGCGUCCGACAGACGAACGCGAUGGGCAGACCUCGGAGAGAAUGCGAACCAGUGGCGAAGCUUCAGUUUUCCCACAAGUGUCAGAAUGCACGUGCUCGACGCUCGCUUUAGAAAACGGCACGGAAGAGCCCGCCGCGGGCGUUUGUCCCCCCUGGAUGUGGAAUUUCACUGCCCCAGUGUACGCGUGUCUUGAGGCGAGCUGCACGUUCAACUCGCACCUCUUUUCUCCUUCCGAGAAACUCGACCUGCGACGCCUGGCGCAUCUGCUUGCGCUUCCCGUCCUGGAGUCGGACGAGAAAGCAGAUCGACGGGAGACUUCUUGUGGUCCCGGUUUAGGCGCCGACGCCGCCGGGGAAUCUGCGCAGACUCGCGGAGAGCCCGGGGCUUCGGAACGGGGGUCGGAUCAAGCUUUGUCUCCCGGGGCGCGCCUCCUUUUCUGUAGAGUUCUGCUUCAGUUUUCCCGGACGCCCCGGAGAGAACUGGACUUCCACAGUUUCCCAGACGGAGGCCAAGACAGAGGCCGUGCUGCGCUGCCGAAAGCUGACGAAACGCAUCCCUCCCGAAAGGCCGCUGCCGGUCGCCUGCCGUCGCCGUGGCUGCGUCUCACGCCGCUGUUGAACAGAAGCAGGCGGGAGGUUGCAGAUCCACACGCUGCUCUGAGCGAACUGCGCGCGUGCGGUUUGUUGACAGUCUGGGACAACACUUGCGGUGUACAUACAGCUGAGGACGAGGCAACGAACGUGAGCGGCCUUCGACGCGGGAUCCUCUCCAGCGCAGAUCCUUUGUCACCGGAGCAAGGCGACACAGUUGAGGGAAGUGAUCUCCAGCAGGCUAAGGCAGCGUCGUCUCGCUCUCUGGUCUGUGCCGAGCGAGGCGACUCCGUGGAAUCUGACGCGUCCUCGCUGGGCCGUCCGAUUGCCCCUCCGUCCCCUCGCAAACAAGCGUCAGACGAAGCCUCCGGGUGCGUGCGAAAACUGGAAAGUGCCAGCGCGUCUUUCCCUGGAUCCUCGGUUCCCAGCGGCCACCGCUUUGCGCUGACGCCUGGUCAAUCAGGUGCACUCGUACCUGGGACUGGAGCGUCCAGUGCAGAGACGAGUUCUGUCUCCAUGCGUCUUGGACGACAGGGCGCGCCGCCUUGCGAUCAGAGGCGAGGCGCCGCUGCCACUCUGAAGGACAGUUUGAUUGCUGCGUUCCACUGUCUAACAGUCCCGGAGCUUCAACGCCUCGUGAUGGAAGUCGAGGCGGCGAUGACCUCCCCGCGCCGUGCUUCGCCUGUCUCUUCCCGCUUCCCUGGUUUCUCCUGCUCGCCGCUGGCAGCGCGUCUCCGGCGCCUGUUGCCAGCGAAUCGCCGGAACGUGGUGCGGUUGAAAGGAGAACAGCGCCUGGGACCUACGUUCAAGCGACGGCCGGAGUGUCUACGUUUUCUCUGCGCGGCUGCGGAGAUGGCUUUCGCUUCCCACCGCAAGACGCAAGGCGAGGACUGCCCGCCCUUCGACGCCUCGAGCUGGGACGCGCUGUUUCCGCGAGCGGCUCCGCGGGGCGGACUCAAGCCAGAGCAGGUGGAACAGCAGCCAGUGAGAAUGAAGAAACUCACGCACUUUUUCAAACUUGCGUCUCCAGCAGCGUCCGAAAACCGCUCCAAAUGGCCCCUCGCACAACCCUCGGCCUCCAAAGACAGACGCGGACAGCCUACACGGUCGCAGGGCGUGACGAAUGGAGCAUCGCCUCGACCUAGCGUGGCAUCAGAGGCAGAAGUGACGAGUUGUCCCGAAGCGCCUUUCGCCCCGUGGGGUGUUCAGACACCUCUCCGUGCUGCGGCAGAGCAGCCGGCGGAGUCCGGCCCGUCGCUCUCUCAAGGCGAGUGCUUCCUCCAGAUGCUGCGCGAAAUGCUUGUGGCCUGUGUAGGACCGCUUGCGGCUUUCCAAGACCAGCAAGUUCUCCGGACGUGGCUGGUGGCUUUUUUCGCGUUCCACGUCGUCCACAGCGCCUUCCUGAAUUUUUUCUCUCGGAGCGCGCCUCCCGCCGCGGUUCUCUGGACAACGCGCGCCCGCCCCGGCCGGCUUCGUGGCGCCUGUCCGAUUUCAGCCGCCGCCCCAGCGAGCGAAAACGCGAGUUCGAGGAGCGACGCUGAGGAAACUGUCUUUGGCUUGACGGCAGCCGCCGUCGCUCCCGCUGUGACGCGCCUCUCGGGACUCGUGACUUACCAGUUGGAGGUGCGGCUGUCUCAGCCGGGACGGCGCCCCGGGGCAGAUCGAGCAGUCGCGGAACUUGGAAGAUCGCCGCGGGAGGACGAGGCAGGAACCGAUAACGAGGAAGAGCGCCCGACGGAUCGACGAAGCGUCGGCACCUUGCAAACGUCUCCAUCCUCGCCGGACCAGCCGGGAGAGAGCGAAGAAGAAAGCCUAUCCUGCGGUGCGGCCCAGCGGGUGCUUGCCUCCGCAUGCGACGCUCCGGCGCCUUCUGCUGCGGCCGCUCCUGCACAAGACAGCGCCUGCGCGGCCGGAGGCGGGAGAGAGCAAACGGAGCCUCUCGGGGCCCGAACUGCGGGCCGGAAUGCCCGCGCGGAACUCUGUGAAGCGUGUGGGGGGUCAGCGGCGGCGAAGAAGCCGAGACAGCUGGUGGCCCCGCCGCUCCGGUGCGUCUGUUGCUGUUGUGAGUACGCGCGCUCUGGCCACGCGAUCUUUCCUUCUCGAGCUGCCGUCUUCGUCUACGCCGCUGCGCUGCUCGACAAGUGGCGACUCGCCGCGCUGCUCUGGGGCGGGCUCGUCUUGCCGGCGCAGGGGGGGGAGGAAAAUCCUGCAGAGGCGGCGGUUCUGGACAUUGUCGAGAGCGCGGCAGAGAAGCUCCGCAUGUACGUGGAAGAAGCGGAAGGCCUACUGUACAGACACCUGCGACGGGACGUGCGACGAGGCGAGCAAACCGCCGCGAUGGACGGCAAGGCAGUGGAACGAGCAGGUGCAAAGGAGAGCCGACAUCGCGGCUCAGAGGGACCGGGCAGUGGCGGGGGGAAAGCGGAGCUUUGUGGGAACCCGGUAACCUCUCAUUUGAGCCUCGGGGACGAAGGGAUGGCGGACUGGACCGAGGACUCUUCGCCCAAUUCGGCGCGUCUGCCGCAGGCGUUGGAGGCGGCCGCUCCGCCGUCCAAACUGUUUCGCUUCACCCCUCACUUUGUGUGGGCAAAGACCAUUUCGCACGGACUGGAACUGGUCGAGCAGACAAAGCGCCAUCACCGCGCCGUUGAGCUGCUGCGACUUCUUCUCCGCUUUCACGGACUGCGCCAGGUUCUGGCCAAGAGUGUUGCCUCCGAGCGCGGCGUUCGCUGGCCGUCGGACUCUCCCUCUCUUCGCGCAGGGACAGCGAGCAGAGACACCCACGAAGGCGAAGACGUGGUUCGCACCACUCCGAGCCGUCCGGAUCUGUCUGCCGGGGGCGAAGCGUUUUGGCGCCGCGUCAGGGAGAGCUGCCGCCACCAGCCUGCUGUCUGUCGAGCUCUGUCCCGGCACGCAGGCCAGUGGUACAACCGCCUGAUGGUUUUGCUCAAGAUCCACCUCAAGCACCCGACGGAGGCCCUCGCGGUCGCCGUCGACUGUCUCCGAGAGCCACGAGGGGCGGUGAGUCUGGCGGAGCGACUGGCGAUGGGGAAACGCGCCACGGCGCUUGCCAAGGCCUUCGCGUAUGCAGCGGAGAAGGCGACACAAACAGGAGAAGAGGGUGGGGCGAGGCGCUGCGGCGGCGCUGCAGCUGGACGCCACGCGCGCAAGAGAGGCCGGGCCGAAGGCGGAGACAGUAACGGGGAGGCGCGUCAAGGACACACAGUCCCCCAGUGUUGGGAAGACGUUCGUCGGCUCGUGGGACGGCCGCGGGAGACCGACGCCGAGUCGGGAGCCUCUGGUCAGCGCCUACAGGGUCUCCAGCAGGAAGGAGACAGCGCGGGCGCCGACCUCGCGGGAGAGUCAGCAAAGCAGAAGACGUCUCGCGUCUCUCGAUCUUGUCGCAGGAGAGGGACAAUCUCGGCAGACGAGACGUCGUCGGACAACGCCGCUCCAGAAAGGAUCGAGAGGUCUCCAGGCGUCUCCGACCCGAAGGCUCAGAGGUCUCGAGCGUCUCGAGGCCCUGAACGGUCGCCAGAAGCCGCUGCGGCUGGUCCUCUUCCCUCGUCGAGGGAGUCGGCAAGUCUCCGUUCCUGGACGCGCUUCUUCCCUCGCGACGUCCACGCGAGGCUGCUGGAGACGGUCGAGCUCCAGAGACUGCUGGAGAAGGAACUGCCGCACAGUGUGGUGUACGCGCGGCCUCUGGAGGCGACUCAGCAAACCGGCAAGAGCAGUGUGUUUUUCGGCUGGGAUGGCCAGCUCCUGAGCGUCGAGGAGCUCUGCAUGCAGCAUUACGCGAUGGCGGGGGACUGGCGCGGAGUCCACGACGAAGGGAGGAGUCUGCGGACGCUGUUCAGGCUCGUGAUGUUCGACGCGAAUCGAAGCCUGGGAGAGGCGGGUGCUUCAGAGGAAGAGACGCGACUGGAAAGGGGGGCGCACAGUGGGCCUUCAACACAAGACGCAGACCGAGAUAGAGCAGAGGCCGAUGGGGCAAGCUCCGAGGCCAAGCGCGCAAGCUCCGAGGCCAAGCGCGAGAGGGGCGGCUUCGAGCUGUCUGCUGACCGACUGAAGCAGGGUGAGGAAGCCGCGGUCGACCGAGAGGACGGGCGGUGCUGGAGGAGACGUGCCCCGAGAGGGACGCGCGACGGCGUCGGAAACGCGGACGCGAAGGCGGAAGGCAGCAUGGAGUCUGCGCGAGACGCCGCGUUCGUGCCGAUUGUCUUCUUGCCGCCCUCAGAGCCCACCGUGCCGUCGUCGAUCUCUCGAGGGAAACUGGAGGGCGGGGACGGAGAGGCGUCGUUUGACGACGUCGCGCUCGCUGGAGGCGUGAACCAGACGCCGACGAGAAAGGCCUGCGAGCGCGAGGGAGACGCGCAAGGCCUCGAAUCGGCAGAGACUCCGUUUUCACUCGAGGAGCCAGCUCUGAAAAGAGCGUUGAAAGUGCAGGAGCACCUCGACCUUUUUGCACAGAUGUCGAGAAGCACAGUCGCCGAGGCAGUAGGUCGCACUGUCCGGCGCCUCUACGGCAUGCGCUUGCCGGGCGUCAGCUGGCGGGGCCCGUGGCAAGAUCUGGAAGAAGCGCCUGGCGGCCCAGCGGAAGGUGGAGACUCGGCGGAGGCGGCGCAGGAUGACCAGACGCGCGGUGCGGAAGCGGAGACAGCGGGUUUCUGCGGGGAACCCGACGAAACGCUCUCAGAGACGCCAGGACAGUUCGUGGCUGGGGAGGGCGAAGGCGGAGAGGGAAAGCAGGAAGAGACGCCGAGCGAGGAAACGCAUGCGGGGGGACCUCGACCCGAUACUCCUGGCCACGAGAAGGCAGCGCCCUUGGAGAAGGUGAAACCUACGGUGGGGCGGAGCCCACCGGAGGCGCCUGGGCCUGCGAGGGAGCACGCCUUGGACGCGAGAUACAGGCGUGGGAUUCAGCGAGAGAGAGCGAAGGAGGCCUGCGCCCGCUUCUUCUCCAUGCUUGCGUACGGCAUCGGGGGCAAAGGUUUGAGCGAAGUGUUUCGUCUCCUCUCCGACGACUUUGCCUACUGGGCAGGCGGCCUCCCUGAUCUGCUUCUCUGGCGGGUGUCGCCUGCAAACGCGCCCGCGGGAACCGUUUGCACUCCGCAGGAGGCAGCCGGAGAAAAGUUAGAGUCCACAAACACGAGAGACGGCGGCGGGCCGAAGGGAGACGAGAAGUUGGGACACCUGGGAGAGAUCUUGUUUGCGGAAGUCAAGGGCCCCCGAGAUCGGCUGUCCGAGAAGCAGAAGUGUUGGCUAGCCCACUUCCUCAGGGCGGGCGUUCCCUGUGAAGUCUGUAAAGUUCUUCCCCCGGUGCAGGCCUCUGAGGAUCUUCUGAGAGCUCCAGCUGCCUCCUCAGUCGCCGGCGAGUGCCUGCGCGGCCCACGCGCGAGGCGCGAGACACGAGCCACACAGGGAGACCGACCGCAUGCGAGCGGGGGUGGCAGUUCCUCAGGCGACGAGGCCAGCGCAUCUGUUUCGUCUGAUCCCGAGAGGCGCAGCGAAGGGGAGACCCACGUCGGAGCGCCUCCAGCAAGUCCCGCGAAGCCGCAAGGUCCGACGAAGAGGACUGCGCCGUGGGGCAAAACCACCGAGAGAGAAGACGGCGAGCCGCGUGGUGUUGUCGACUCGGGAGAGACGCAAACCCGUCAUGGGAGAGAAACGAAGGAGACAAAUCGCGGAACGGUUUCGUGCGAAGCUUCCCGCUUGCCAGGCGAGAGUCAGACCCGCCAGAGCAAGCGUGGGAAGAAAGACUGCUCCUUUUCAGGAACCCGUGGAGGAGCGCAGCAGUCGAGUGUCUCCAAUUCUGAGCUCGACAAGGUGGGCGAGAAACGGGGGAAGAGCGGCGCUCAGAAACAGGUAGCGGGUUCUUUUCAGACGCGGCCCAGGGGGCUGCCGCGGGUUCGAGUGCGCGCCGACUGGGAGGAACACGACGCAGAGAAAGUCGAGGCGCUUUGCCGUCGAACUCGGAAGAAGGUGUUUUGA